AUGGAGUCCUUCGCUCUUCUUAUUGCUAUUCUUCAGCUACACCAAACCAUUGCCAAAGAGAUUUUGGUGACAUCGGUGGUUAAACUUGCCCAGGGCAUGAUCUUGGAAUGUGUGUACCCGGGCAAUGGGUCUUUAACCCAGAUGGAAUGGUUCAAGUUUGCUGACACUCAAAAGGAGAUCAUCGCCAUUUUCCACCCAGUCUAUGGCAUGCAUAUCACGGAGGCCUACCAGGGCAGGGUACAUUUCUUGAACUCCUCUAAAUCAUCAAAGGAUAUGUCCAUUUCCUUCAAGAAGGUCUCUGGAGCUGACAUCGGCAUUCAUUACUGCUCGAUUCAGACUUUCCCAGGUGGAUUCUGGGGAAAAGCGAUACAGGUUGUCAAGACAGAUGACUUUGCGGUCCCUCGGUCACCAGGUAGCCUCAUGUGGUCAGAACCUGGGCAGACAGCCAACCUGACCUGCAAGGGGCCGGCGGUGAGGGCAGGGGGCCGGCCUGUCCUCUACGUGACGUGGGAGCGGAUCCGGCCUCACCAGGUGGACACCCUCCUUCACUGCGAGCUGGCACUUGGGAUGAGCUAUGGCUCCCCAGACCAUGGGCACAUCCAGGGACCCUGCAGCCAGAGGAUGAGCAGCAGCUUCCUGGUCCUCCACAACGUCACGGCCUCAGACUCAGGCCUGUACCGAUGCACCUUCAGAUCCAGCACGGGCCUGAACAUGACCUGCGAGACAAGGCUGGUCGUAUCUGCUGCAGAACUGGGUCACAGCCAUGUUUACUUCAUUGCUGGAGGUGUAGCCUCUCUCUCAUUACUGAUGAUCCUGCUUGCAGCUCUGACCGUUUAUUGCAACUGGAAGAGGAAGAGGAAGAGGAAGAGGAAAGCACUGUUCAAGGAUCUGCAGGAAUUCCAGACCCGGCCUUGCAACAGUUAUGGGAGACCUGACUUCCCCAACCAGCCUCAAAACCAGGCAGAUGAAGACAUCUACAUCAAUUGCCUCUCCUUCUCUAAGAAUCAAAAAACAAGACGUUGA